AGCUGGCUGGUGGGGGAGCGGGGAAGACCGGAGAAAGAGGAGGGCCUACAGCUAUUGUUCAUGCCCGCCCUCGAACAAAGGGCUUAACGGGGUCCAUUCGCAAGACCACAGCAGGCUUUUUUUUAAUGGAAAAGGAAUCGCAUUGAAACCAAUCUAGAAGACAGUUUCCCCUCUCGUUUUCAAUGUAUUUUCCGUCCUUAGAGUUAGAGAUUUUUUUGCAUUUUGCUCCACCGUCGCUCGCACCCAGUCAGCCACCGUACUCCCGUCCGCUACGUAACAGCGCGCUGCCCUGGCUACUCUCGCUGGAUCUGUAAACAUUUAAUUUCUGAAAGCACUUCUUGCAGGCUGUUCCUCCAAGUCAUUCAAGCUGUACUCCCCAAAGGAGCCCCCCAACGGCAGCGCCUUUCCCCCAUUCCACCCCGGCACCAUGCUGGACAGAGACCUGGGCCCAACGCCCAUGUACCCGCCGACAUACCUAGAGCCUGGGAUUGGGAGGCACACGCCGUAUGGGAACCAGACCGACUACAGGAUAUUUGAGCUCAACAAAAGGCUACAGAACUGGACAGAGGAGUGUGAUAACCUGUGGUGGGAUGCCUUCACCACAGAGUUUUUUGAGGACGACGCCAUGCUGACAAUCACCUUCUGUCUAGAGGAUGGUCCCAAGCGAUAUACGAUUGGUCGGACGCUGAUCCCACGCUACUUCCGCAGUAUAUUUGAAGGGGGCGCCACUGAGCUCUACUAUGUGCUAAAGCACCCAAAGGAAUCUUUUCACAAUAACUUUGUGUCUUUAGACUGUGACCAGUGUACGAUGGUCACUCAGAAUGGCAAACCUAUGUUCACACAGGUGUGUGUGGAGGGCCGUCUGUACCUGGAGUUCAUGUUUGACGACAUGAUGAGGAUAAAGACGUGGCACUUCAGCAUACGGCAGCACCGAGAACUGGUUCCCCGCAGCAUCCUGGCUAUGCACGCCCAGGACCCACAGAUGGUGGACCAGCUGUCUAAGAAUAUCACGAGAUGCGGUCUCUCCAACUCCACUCUCAACUACCUCCGGCUGUGUGUGAUUCUGGAGCCCAUGCAAGAGCUCAUGUCCAGGCACAAGACCUACAGCCUGAGCCCCAGAGACUGCCUCAAGACUUGCCUGUUCCAGAAGUGGCAGAGGAUGGUAGCUCCUCCAGCGGAGCCGGCACGGCAAGCGCCCAAUAAGCGGCGGAAGCGCAAGAUAUCAGGCGGCAGCACCAUGAGUGCGGGUGGAGGCACCACCACCAACAACAACAGCAAGAAGAAGAGCCCUGCUGGCAGCUUCCCUCUCUCCAGCCAAGUACCUGAUGUGAUGGUCGUGGGUGAGCCCACUCUGAUGGGAGGGGAGUUUGGUGACGAAGACGAGCGCCUGAUCACUCGGCUGGAGAACACGCAGUUCGACGCAGCCAAUGGCAUCGACGACGAGGACAGCUUCAACAACUCUCCCGCGCUGGGCGCCAACAGCCCCUGGAACAACAAGGCACCCUCCAGCCAGGAGAGCAAGAGCGACAACCCCACCUCCCAAGCCUCCCAGUGAGACUCAGGCCGGGAGGGGAGGAGCGCAAAGAGGAGGUGCUUAUGGAGGAAGUAGGCGUCAGGAGGUGGCCACCAGGUUGCAGACGGCUGAUUCACUCAUUUACAUGCAGAUCCACAUAUACAAAAUGGCAGCCGCUGAUUUUGUCCCCGUCUCGGUAUGCCGGAGGAGAGUGGGACAGAGGUGGAGGACCCGGGGAGCAAACCGGGACAUUAAGAACAAGAGAAAUGGAAGACGAGCGCAUCAGGUCUGAACAGCGCGGUAGCUGUGGACUGGAUUCGCUGGCUUUUCAUGGCACGAAUGCCCCUCCGAAGAAGUUUGUGGAUAGUUUGUAUGUUUAAGUUGGCCAUUUCGUCCUCAGAGGAGAACACGUAUAUAACGCCAGCAGAGUGCGCACACAGACACACAGAUCCAUGCCCCAGUGACACACGCACACACACACAUUCUCAAACCUGGCAGAAGGUGAAGGCUGAUGUCAGGUCUGUACUACUUUGGCCUGAAACCCAGGCUGUCUUUGUCUGAUGCUGGCAAACUUCUGUUCACAAUUCCCCGUCAUUAGUGGAGGAUUUGGAUUGAAACAUAAAUCCCAGUGUACCACCAUGAUGCUGUAGAACAGUCCAGAAUGGUCAUUUUAAAGGGAUGAGAUGGAGAGCAUUUAAAAGAAGCUGUUUGGGGGGGAAAAAUCUCUGCAUUUUAUACCAGCCUCUAUUACCCUAGAAUGUUUGUAUUUUAUUUUAUUUUUAUUUUUUUUUUUUACCAACGUUGAAAGCUACAGACCAAGGAGCUAAGGGGACUUUCAAGGUCCUUAAAAUCUCAACCUUCAAAUUAUAUUGGUUUGUAUUAUUUUUAAAAAGAGAGUAAUUUAGUGUGGGCUUUUAUUUCAGUUUGUGUACUUGUGCUUGUAUAUUUAAGGUAGUAGCAAAGUUCUGUAUAACUGUAUGGAAAUGUAUUAUUCCUUAGCAUUACCUAAAGCCAUUCUGACCUAAUGUGUUUUAAAAAAAAAGAAAAGAUAAAACCCCAUGAUUCUGUCCUUUACCCCCUCUCUUAAUUUUAUGAACUUGUGCAAACUCAGUUGAUUCUAAUUAGAGUGAAUCCUUGGUCUGCAGGUACCCAGUUCCUAUAGGCCAACCAAAGCAGCGAACCCUGUCACAACAGUUAUUGUUAAAGUGGAAAUUUAAAGGCCUAUACGAGCAAAUUAGAUCCUCUAAGUACAUUAGCCAAUGUGAUUUAUUGAUCCACUGUCUCUAUGUUCGGUUCGUCCUGUCAGAUCUCUGCACAUACAGGUUAUUUGUUAAGUGCAUGUCAGCUGCGUAGAGCAUAGGUACAUGUCCUUGUGUGAACCAUAUUUGAUUUACUGUAUGGAGACAAGAAUUGAAAUUCAAUUUGUCUUUGAAUCCACUGGUAAUUUUUGUAAUUUUUUUCAAAUGCCCAAUUGAAUUAAUCUACAUUAAAAUUGUGAGAUUUCUGCAAGCCCUGCACUUGUAAUUGAAACUUAAUGGUGAUCUUUCUCUCUUCUAACCCUGUAGACACCCCCUCUUUGAUAUAUCUAUUUUUGUUUUUCUUAGUUUCUGCCCUUGACUAAAUUAAUGUAUGUACCAAUAAAAUAUGAAUUUUCACUUUAAA